AUGGCCACGCCCAUGCAACCAUGCGAUGAAUCCCUGGAAACGUUGACCGCCAUGGUCAACCAGACGGUCUGUCCUCGACCUCGCCCUUGCCGCUUUUCUGCCUUUUGGCGUUCAAAUCAGACGCUGACACGCGACUCAAACCAGCUUAUCGAGACCGGUCGAUUCUUUCGAACCUGCGGGUCGCUUCAGUCCCGAGCCCAGCUGAAGAGGAAUUUCCCCGCCGUCCACGAACAGUAUCAAUCCGCACUCGACGACCUGUCCGAACAGAUCUUCAUCGCAAAGGCGUUUCUCGAAAAGGACUAUGAAGCUAUCGUGUUGAGAAAGUCAACGUUACGGGCUUCCAAGCCUCUGGCCACUCCUCAGGAAGAGAAGACAAAGGAUGUGCAGAUGGAGGACACCGAUGAGCAACGCCGAGCUGAUGUCACCAUGAAAGUUGAGUCGAAAUCUCCGGCGCAACCCACCGUUCCAACCACGCAGCCUCUCUCAACAAGCACGCCCCCCGCACCGCCCGAUUCGGCUCCAGAUCAGAAUCUCCUGCCUACCGCUCCUCCUACCACCGCGGACACGGCGCUUGCCCUACCGGCAACGGCUCCGGCGCUCCAGCCACCUUCCGUCGAGGAAAAGAACCCUGCCGGUGCCCCACCGGAAGCAGAUCCUGAAAGCACCCCCGCGAACAUCAGCCAUAUAGACCUAACGGAGGAGAUGGGUGCACCGGAAGGCCCACUUCCGCUGGCUGAGAGCGAGCUCGACCUUGGGGGAACAUUGGGGUCUCUCCUUCCCGGGCUGGAGAGCUAUGCAAAUGCCGGCACCGACGAGGCCAUCAUAGGACUGCCAGGCCCCGAAAGCGGCACUGCUGAGGAGGCCAAUCCUCCAAAGGAUGCAUCCAAUGGCACAUCUAAUCCGGCAAACCCAUCCACCACGCAGACUCAGGAGGCGGGACGGACCGACAUACCUAUGGACGACGUGGCUUCGGCGUUUGACGAUGCAUUCAUCGGGGCAGCAGAUUUUGUGGGCGGAGGGGAUGACCUGCUGCUCCACGGUGCUGAUAUCGGGGAGUUGGACGACUCAUGGUUUGCGUGA